UCCUGUCCGCACCACAGGACAGAUGCCAGUUUCACACUUCCCCCAAAAAUUACCACUGCCUUGCCUUGUUGUCACUACACUGGUUAAAUCGUCGCUCUUAAUUACGACAGGUAACUUUCUAAGUAGCAAAGUUGCCCACGAUGGACGUAAAGCGAGAUAAAGACCAAGAUGCAGACUGUGAGAAGGUAACUGCGGUGCUGCUCAAGUCACGUACAGGAGAAUUCGAUUUGGAGUCAAUACUUUUUCUUAAAUUGAGAGGUCUUGGAAUACAUGAUCUCGGAUGCAUAGGGGAGUGCAUGAAUUUGGAGAGACUGGACCUUUCUGGAAAUAACAUCACAAAUUUAGCUGCGCUGUCGUCUCUUCGGCUUCUUUUUGUUCUCAAUUUGUCUGCUAACAGGAUUUCCAAUUUGGAGCCCCUGCACAACUGUGAAAAUUUACAGAAUUUAAACCUGGCUGGUAAUAACAUAUCCAGUAUCGAGAGCUUUCACUGCCUUAAGUCUUUGAGAAAGCUGGAAAAUAUACGACUUAAAGACAACACUUACAAUUACACUAAUCCAGUGUGCAGAAACACACCAUAUAGAACCAUAAUUCUUGAGAUGUUCCCCACCAUCAAGGUCCUGGAUGGUGAGAGAGUGGUUGGACGUGGGAGUGAUUUGUAUCAAUUAUGUAAAGACAUUGAUGACACCAUCAAAGCUGGUUUAUACAAGAAUGGACAGCUCAUUGAGCAUCCUGAUUGCAAGCCAUGGGUGGAGGAUACUUACUGGGAGAUAAAAAGAUCAAACAAUGCCAUUAUUGACGAAGCAUACAAACAGUUUAAUGAUGUUCUUCAUGAAUGCAGACUCCUUAACAACAGAGCAACUCAUGUGAUUUCUCAAACUGAAAGAUCUAUGAGCCUGAAGAAGCAACCAAAGCAGUAUGCCAUAUGAAUUGAGCUCUUUUGGACACAUUUGUGCGCAACUUUGAUGUACGAUUUUUUUUAAAUGCCAUGGCUAAAUGUACUGUAAAUUUUUCAAAAAUUACUAAGCUAUAUCCAAAUGCUUGACAACUAUUAUUGUCAGACACACAUGUUCUGUGUUGCAAUGUGAGGCAUUUGUUGAAAUUUUAUCGCAUCCUAUGCAUUGUGUAUCAAAGGAUACAUUUAAGUGGUCUAAAAUACUUUAUCCAUACUGACACCCCUCAGUUUGGUUCAAAGAUGUCUUUACUUGCACAGUGUGCAUUUUGUACCAUGUUGUAGCCUGCAUUAAUGCUGAGAGCUAUGCUGCUUAAAAAUUUGUAUCAGUUUUCAGUAAUUAAGAGCUUUUCCAUUUUGCAUUGCUGGAUAAUUUUGGGAGCUUCCCAUGCUGUAUGCUUUCUUUGUAAGUUGAACUUUUGCAAAAUGUAAUUGAAUGAUUGUUUCAGCUGUUUCUACUUGUUUUAUACCAUAAAGUUUAUUAUGUGUACAACCAGCUCGAGUAUAAAUACAAUC